CAAGGAAGUAAUCUACUUUCUGUUUGGUGACGGCAUCAUUUUGUAUUGUCUUUAUGACUGUGGUGUCAAUAUUCUUAAUCAAGGAAUAUGGCAGCAGCGAUUUUUAAAUGGUUGACCUCAACUGUCUUUACCCACAAAAAAACAUCAGAUGCAUCUAAUCUUGAAACUGAUGCAACUCAAGAUGAUGAACCAACCAGUUUAAAAGCACGCCCAAAGCCACUUGGAGCCUGUGACAGCACCAGUAGAAUUUCUUGUGGAUCCAGUGUAGAUUCUGAACCUCUUAGUGCUUCAAGUGUUACUGUAGGUUUUUCAUUCCACUACAGUUCUGGUGUAGUCCCAUAUACUGGAAGCCAAAAUACUGCACUACCUGAUGUGACCCAGGAGUCUUUAACAGCAGCACAAAGAGGUGCCACAGCGGCAUCAAGUCAGGCUAUCCAACCACCAGAGCAACGACAGGGUAGUCUAACACUAGCGCGAAGUCAGAAUAGUCUAGAAUUAGAACGAAGUGCGGAUAAUCAAGCACCUGAACGAAGUGAGGAUAGCCUUGCACCAGAAAGAAGUCGAGAUAGUCUAACGCAAGCACGAAGUCAGGAUAGUCUAGCACCAGAACAAAGUCAGGCAUCUGCAGCAUUAACAGAUUCAAAUCGUGACAGCAUAAGCAUUGAUAGUUUGUCUUUAUUAGAUGAUGACAACAUAUGUCAUACUCCGGUACCGGUAAACCCUGACGUUCUGAUUUUACAUCAUGAAAAUACCCAAGCUGUGGCGUCCAGGCUCCAAACCAGGUUGAAUGAGAGUCGUCUGUUGAAGAAAAAGAUAAUUGUGCAGUUCGUUGAGGAAUUUGGGAAAAGUGGUGCCACAGAAAUCACUAAUCUUGAUGACUUGGUCGAGAAAGUGGCAUGCGUCUUACUGUUGAUAGACGAACAUUUCGUGAAGGAUUCCAGGUGCCAUUUUUAUUCAGAUGUUUCAGUGUUUUGUUCACUUACCAGUGUACAGGAGUAUGCCAAUAAAGAGUUUGUUAUUCCAGUGUUUACUCGAAACAAGCAACAGAUACCCGGUAUGAAAGCAACGAUGAAAGCAAUGACGGGAAUCAGGUAUCACAACGAAGAAUGGAAUGACCAUGUCGAGUCAAACUUUAUAAAUCAGAUAAAAAGAUGCUUAAAGAAAUUCGACCAACUGCAAGAUAAAUUAAAAGAAUCUCGCCCGGAAAAAGAAGCUUAGGAGGGGCGAAUUUUCUCUGGGAAUAUCUAUCUGCCAAUAAUACGUCAAAAACAAUACAAUUUUUUUAAAGUUUGUAAUAAAAACCGUAAUUUUGGUGACAAUUAUGAUUCAAUCUUCCAUUAGCAUAUUCUAUGCCGUAUGUCUGUAAAAGACUGAUUCUAAAGCAAACUAUGAGGGUAUGCAGCCAUAUCAGUAGCUGUCGGCUGCCUUGCUAAUACCUAAUAAGUAGAGCUGUACUUGACCUCGAUGUAUGGUUCCAACUCCGCCUGUAGGAGGACUGCCACUUAAUAGCACAUUGUCGUGUGUACAGGCACCUAAAACCUUUCUACAGAGUCCGUAAACAAUGGAACAUCUGAAGGUGCACAUGAAUGUGCAGAGAAUAGUUCAAGGCAGGAACUUUACUUUACAAGUUCAAGUUCACAGAAUAUUGCUCAAAUAUACUGACGGUGAAGUACCUUUAAUUUAAUGGAAAUGAAGAUUACAGAGGAUAACAAUUAAUAACAGUAGCUUUGAUUAUAAACAGCAGUAUAUGAAUGCAUCUAUUGUCUUAAUCAUAUAAAUUGCAAAUAACAAAGACAUUGAACAGAUUCAAAAUUGUUUCUCUGUAUAAUUCUACAAAUUCUGAAAGCUAUUUGGACAAAAUCUGUGGAUGUACUCAUGAAUCACUGUUAGAUGUGCGACUGUAUGUAUGAGGAUUGCCACUCGAAACUAGAACUACAUGAUAAACAUCCUGGAUUUCCCUGUAGGUGACAUUAUAGGAUGAUAAUAUACAUCCGAGUUUUCACCCAAUAGACGAUGUAUUUUUUGUGUUGGGGUAUUGUUAAACAUUCAUUCAUUCAUCCUGAUUUUCCAUAGGUCAAUUGCCAUUCAUCAGGACUAACGAUACAUCCAAGUUUUUCCCUGUAUAAGGACUGCCACUCCUCGGGACUAGGACGAUAUACGUAACAUCCUGGUUUUCCUGAGGACUGCCACUGUUCGAGACUGCCGGACGAUAUAAGUAACAUCCUCGUUUUCCUGAGGAUUGCCACUGCUCGAUAC